AUGUACAAUAUUAUCAACUUGAUGAAAUGUUUUAGCAUUAACGAAAAUAAAAUAAUAAACUCGAUAAGAUUUUCAAAUACAGUACUAAUUACCACUAAUAUCUGUAUAAAAUCGCAAAAAAGAUCCUUUACAAGAGAAUCUAAUCAGUUAUCUGAAUUACAACAGACCAAAGAUUCCUCAUCAUUUGUUCCAUCAAAGACCAAUUUUACAAACGAGUGUUUAAAAAUAGACCAUCAAGUAGUUGAUAUAAUGGAUGAUGAUUCUGUUUCAAGAAUAGGUGUAUUAACUACUGAAGAAUUUCUAUCGACAAAGCGUACAAACCUAAUAAGAAAGGAAGAAUACGACAAUUUGAAGCCACAUGAGGUUAAAAAAUAUAUAACAUCCAAGGGUGAUGGAUACUACACAUUUGAUAAAACUAGGACGGUAGAUUCGCCUAAUCCCUUGAAAAUACCUAAAUACAAAACACUAGUUGAAAAUUCAAGGAUGUUUCCAAAUAAAAAUACACCUUAUGAAUUAACAGAGAAAGGAAGUAACGAUAAUCUACUGUUUCAAAAUGAAAAAAUAUACGAUAAAUCAAAUGAAGAGUAUUAUAAAUCGUUUUUUAAGGAUAGAGAACGAGUUUUCGAUGGCUAUGGUAAACAAUUAAAGUUAAUUGAAAAGAAAAUAAUUAAUGAAAAUGAACAUAAUGGAAAUAGAACAAGAAUAUCUCCACAGAAAUACUGGAUUAAACCAAAUUAUGUAUCUCCAGAAAGGAAAGAAAUAAUGGAAUUGAACUCAUUUGAUUUAAAAUUUGUAAUGAUGAAUGAAGCAAAAGAGUAUUCAAAAGGUAAUAUCAUAAAUGAUAAUACAUGGGACUCUUUGUUGGAUAGAGUAAUAGCACUGCACAAAGGAUCUAAUAUAAGGACACUCUUGAGAUAUAUGCAUUCUGUAUCAAUACCAAGAGUGACUAAUCCCAAAGUUAAAUCAUUAAUAGACAUUAUAUACAAGAGGAAACAUGAAAUGAAGCCAAAGCACUACGUGUAUCUAUUUCAAGCACUGAGUAGGUUGAAGAUACGGGACCAGAGACUGACCGAUGAUUUGUAUGAAAUGAUGCUGUGCUGGCCAAUACUAAGAAACAACUUCAUAAUAAAGGCUGCAAAUAGUCUAUCGAAGCUAGAGAUGGUCGAUAACCUACUCGUAAACCCGCUGAAGGAAACACUCAGUAACAGAAUUAAUGACUUGUCAGGAAGAGAGUGUAGAAGAAUUAAGCCGAUAACAAUCAUGGAGAUGUUCACAGAUGAUAUGACGGUCGAUUUUUUACAGAGAUGCGAAUACUACAAGAGUUACUUUGGGGACUCACCGAGAAACAUGGGAUUGAUAGAGUUGUACUUGAGGCUGCUUAAGCCAAGUGUGUACAACAACUUAAACAAAUCGACAAAACAGUUCCUAGCAGACCUAAGAGAGUACAGGAAAUCAAAUAAAGAGUUGCAAUAUGACGAAAGGGAGGUGUCAAUAUCGCCAGAGCAUGAAGAUGUCAGUAGAAUCCUCGAUAAAAUGAAUGUAAAGCAUCAAAACUGCAUACCGGCAGGCCAAAUUACACUUGACAUAUUUGAACCAAGUACAAACACUGUGAUUGAGGUGAACAACAAAUACCAAUAUUACGACGGAACAAUGAAGUUAACGUCUCUGGCAAAACGAAGGCACGAUAUGAUAUCGGCAAUGGGAUUUAGGCUCUUCCACAUACCUUACAGGUGGUGGAACAUGUUGGAAUCCGACGAGAACAAAAUUGAACAAAUAAAAAAAAUGUUUAUAAAUUUGUAA